AUGUCUGAAUUAAUUUCGCCCGAAAUUCUUUCGGAAAUAUUUAAAUUUCUUUAUACAAAAGAAGAAGGAAAAAUUAAUCUAUUCAAUUGUGUUUUAGUUAAUAGAUAUUGGUGUAGAACGACGAUUCCAAUUCUUUGGCUGGAUCCGUUUAGUUUUUUUGAUAACAAAAUGUCGUUAGAUGGAUUAAUUUCUACUUAUAUGGCUUGUCUAACUAAUAAAGAGAGGCGCAGUCUUGAAAAACAAGGAAUUGAAGUUCCAAAGAAGGUCAAAUCGCCAUCAUUUGAUUAUAUUUCCUUUCUCAAGAAUUUAAAUUAUGAUGGUCUUAUAUCUUCAUUAUUUCAUCUGGGAUGUAAUGACGGAGUUUAUAAAAAAAACGAUUCAUUUGGUAUAAUGUUACCAGCCUUACUUGAAAUUCUUGCAAAUAGAGACCUUGCUUUACAAUCAUUGGAACUUAAGAAUCAUGAUCGACGUGGUGAUUGGGAUAGAGAGUUCAUGCAUCUUGUAGAUCGAAAAAUUCGACCUUUGAUAAAACCAGUUAAAAAAAUUUAUCUUGAUUGCAAUGUACUGGAUGCAAGAUUUUUACCGUUACUUAGUGGUCAAUGUCAAAGAGUUCGACAUUUGUAUAUCGUGAUGCAUGUUGAAAAGUCUAAAAAGGGUAGUAUAAUUUGUGAGAGGGAUGCAACGUAUUAUGCUAAAUUAAUUGAAAAACAAAAGUCAUUAGAAAUCUUGGCAAUUGAAAAGUUCACUAAAUAUUUCAAAAAUAUCCUUCCGUCCUUUAAAACUCAAAUACAAUCAUUAAGGGUGAUUGAAUUUAUUAAUUCUAAUUUCAAGGAAUGUGAAUCUUUAGAAGUAAUAGCUAGUUGUGAGAAUUUAGAGCGUCUAAUUUUUCGUGGAUGUAAUAAUUUGUCAACCAAAAUAUUAAGGCCUUUAUUUAACGCAAACUUUUCAAAACUUAAAGAAAUUUCUUUUGAAUCUUCUGAACGAAAUGAAGAAAUUGAAAUAUGGUUACAAAAAUUCAAUGUAAUUCAUUAG